AUGUCAGAAAUCAAUUCGUUACCAAUUAUAGAUCCAUUACCGUAUCUCCCUUCAUCAUCACUCCUACCUCAUGUUAUAUCUGAAGUAUCAGAAAUCGAUCUAGCGGAAAGGAGGAAAGAAACUGCCGUGAAAAUACACGAGGCAUGUAGGGAUAUUGGAUUUUUCUACUUGCGCGUCGAUUCGUAUCUCACCAAAAGUGACAUGGAUCAAGCCCUUGAUCUGGGAAGAGAGUUUUUCGAUAGACCGAACGGAGAGAAAGAGAGUAUAAGUUUGGAAAAUAGUGAUGGUGUAAGAGGAUACCAGAAACUACAUCAGAAUGUGACUCAAGGAAAAGCAGAUCAUCAUGAAGGACUUGAUUUUUAUGCACCUUCACCCUACUCACCCCGCUCUCCAUCUACACCUUCAUCUUCAACCUCCAACAGCAAUGGAAACCCACGUUUACGUCCAUUGGAAGGACAUAAUCAAUGGCCUAUUCGACCCGAAGACUUCCAAGUGAAAUUGGAAAAAUGGGUUGAGAAGAUGAAGAUAUUAGGAAACGCUGUUAUGCACGCUAUGGCUGAUGGACUAGGAAUGAAUCAGGAUGAAUGGGAGGAAUUGGAUGGAAUGGUUGAUAAUAGUUUCUGGGUAAUGAGGGUUAUCGGUUAUCCACCUUUACCUGAGGGCGCAGAUGGUAUAUCAUGUGGUGAACACAAGGAUUAUGGAUGUUUAACUCUAUUACACGCAGAUCCGAUCCCUAAUUCACUCCAGGUCCUCUCUCCAUUCCCAUCCCCACAUUGGAUCGCCGCUCAUCCUAUUGACGGCUGCAUCGUAGUGAACAUUGGAGAAAUGUGGGAAAUCUGGACAGGUGGUUUAUAUCCUGCUACUUUACAUAGAGUCAUACAUAAAUCACCGACUUAUAGAGUAUCUAUACCGUUUUUCUACGAACCAAACUUCAAGGCGAAAGUGAAACUCCUAGAUGCGGCAAAGAGGAAAGCAGCGGAAGAAGGCAAAGAAAUUAAAGAGAAAGAACAAGUGGAAUAUGGUCAGUUCUUAUUAGGUAAAGUCAGUGGGAAUUUCAAGUACUAG